AUGUGCUUAUGGAAAUCACCUCGCGUCAUAACCCUUCGAGAUACCGUGUAUCUCGACGGAGAAAGCAUUCUGUGGCUCAAUGGCAUGGACACGGGGAAUACGCUCGAUCAUCAGAUGGUAAGCUCACCUACCCCAGUUCCCCCUCCGAAUCACCUCCUUGGGCACUCUGACCGAGACCACGGCCCUCGCCCGACAGACAACCCCACCGGCCUCAUCCUCACCCUCAACCUCACCACCCCAUUCCGUCUCGACCAGAACCUCACCCAGCUCUUCGGCACCCUCCCCAAGUCCACCUCCUCCUCCACCAUAUUCAACUACAUAGACGGCGACCUCCUCGGCAACGACGCCCAGUUCUUCACCUACGGCGGCCUUACCCGCAGGUCCGACUCGUUCCCGGACCCGGACCCGGACGACGUGCUCGAGUACCAGGCCUACCCCUACGAGAGCAACGCCGCCUCGUUCAAGCCCGGUUUUGUGCCCGAGAAGCUCCCGCCGAUGUCACGCGCUACAUCGCUUAUGGCGCCGGCCAAUGUCUCCGACACCUUGAUCACGCUGGAGUUUGACCCCGAAGCCCAAAACAUUGAAAAAUGGUCCAACGUGACCCUGCCUGAAUCCGUGCUCGGCCGCGCGGGUGCGUCCGGCGUGUUUGUGCCGGCGGGCAAGGCCGGCGCCUUGGUAUUUGUCGGCGGUGUGACGCAUCCCGAAUUCGCCUCGAAGAGCCACAGAUCAGACAACCCUGCGGCAUUGAAAUCUGACAGCGAGGCUUUCCUCAAAUCAAUCGACGUCUACGACAUCGAAAGCGGCAACUGGUAUAGGCAGGAGACGUCCGCCCCCACGCUACCCCCAAUCACCGCUCUGGGUUGCGCCGUCGUCCAGCACGCCAUCGACUUCUCCAGCUUCAACAUCUACUACUACGGAGGCUACGCGGCAGAAGACCUGCAAAGCAACUUCCACGACGAUGUCUGGAUCCUCACGAUGCCGAGCUUCCAGUGGAUCAAGGCCAAGUCCGGCUCCGACGCCCACGCGAGGGGCCACAAGUGCGUCUCGCCGUACCCGGACCAGAUGAUGGCGUUUGGGGGCUUUACCCCAAAGUUAGGCACCGGGAUCGACUGUGUCAAGGGCGGCGUCAUCCAGCUAUUGAACCUGACGAGCGUCGAGUGGAUGGACGCGUACAGCCCCGCCGACUUCGCCGAGUACGGCGUCCCCGAGGUGCCCGGCUGCCUCGGGCGGGUGGAGCAGCCCGGGCCUCCAAAGCGUGUUUGA